CACCUCUUCAACCACAUAUGCUUCUGGACUUCACGCUGUUUGGGUCGCGUCCUUAUGAUGCCAACUCGGGUAUAACCAUUGACAUUGGUUGGAUAAUGACCUCCAAUCUUAAUUGGUACUCGGUUGUGCUUAAAUUAUUGCAAAACGAUAAGAACCCGGUCCUUCUCAAGGCUUGGCCAGAGGUCCUCCAAGGUGUUCAGCAGAUAAGGAUUACUUUUCCGAAUGUCAAAGGUGUCCUGAGAGUCCACUUGGAGUUAUGGUGUACCAACGUGAACAGCCCCAUCGAACCCGUGCUCUGUAGUCAAUCCCCACCCUUCAUUCUCUCGCCAGCCCCGCCAACCCCUGUUUUCCUCCCAGGUCUGGACCCCAUCUCCCCCGAGUUCACCCUCCCACCCGACCGACUAUCCCCAUCUGAAACCAUCCCUCCGUCCUCCUCUACCUCUGCUGAAAUGCCCGCUGCCGCAAUUGUCGGAUUAGUCAUCAUGGGUAUAGUCAUCCUUGCGGCCGCGUACUUCAUUGUCUGGAAGCAAUGCCGUCGGUCCGAAGCUGGGCCAGGGAUACACCAACGGCUGUGCGAUGCUUUAUCACCAGGACCUCGCGACAACGACCACAGUUCCUCGAUUCAGGGAAGUAGUCCUAUCAAAGAGAUCUCGAAUCCGUGCAUCGAUGUGCCUUGGGUCCCACAAUUCGAACCAAAGUCGUUUCCCUCAGAGCAUGCGCCACGCGUGCAGGACCGGACGAUGGUCCCCGGGAAGGCACACAGGAAUGGGGUGAUGAUGCCGCCAUCUCCAGCCCUUAGAGUCCCGCCUUCGUUGCCUGUUCCGCCUCGGCGCCUACCUCGUGCGGCCGAGCCACGUAGGCCACGGAUGCCAAGAGCAGUAAUACUGCCAGAUCUGCACGACUCGGCCUCAAGAACCAUGUUUCCACCGACAGCAGGAGAACAACGCGUACCGUCUCGUCAGUAUAAACGAGUGUUUAGGAAAGAAGAGCACAGGCCAGAAAGAGUCGGCCGAGAGACAGGAUUACGCUUGCAUGAUCCAAAAAGGACGCAAGGACGGCCGUAUGAUGGAUACGAUCGAUUGUCGACUGCAGAAUCGAUCGCGGAUAUCACGAGCGCGUAUCUAGAGGACCUUCUUGUGGAGAGAAAUGAAUCCUACGAGAGACAGGAUACAGAAGGAAGGAGGAACGAGGUGUUGGACGAUUAUCGCAGCACAUGUGACCAUGGCCGUAUGCCUGGAGUUGGCUCCCAUUGGGAGGCACGUAGCACGCACAGUCGACGGUAUCCGCGUGCGAUAUCCUCGCCGCCCGUACCUGCCAGCUCCGCCCGAAUCACACAUUGAACUUGAACGCAUUUUUUUAAGGAU